AUGGAGCUUACUCCCUACUCGUCCCACACUCAUCGCGACGACGACUUCGUGGUGUUUUCCGACUCCGACGGAGCGUCCCAGAGCUCUCUCGACUUCAGGCAUAGUCCUCGCCGUUCCCACCGUGCCAGUGUGCCCGAUUCGCCGUCUCCAGCGUCCGUAUCGCCUAGAAGAGCUCGCAAAACGAAGCCAACUACCGAAGAAACUCCCAGUCCCAAGACCAAACGGGUCCGUCGCAGGUCCACGAAGUCUGCAGACGGUGCCAGCGUGCGUUCUCACCGUUCUUCCCGCCACGAAUACCCCAUGGGGACGGGAUAUACCCUGAUGCCAGCCACAGGAAAGAUCUUCCGUAACUUGCUCAUUCUCGAGGAGAGCUUGCGAGCGCAGGUGAUCCAGCAGAGAGCUCUCAGACGCAAGUACUUGACGUUUUUGGCGGUGUUGUGCUCACUAAUUGCCUGGAUCAGCCACCACUUAUUCUUGGUGGAUCCUCGCUACUCGUCGCAGGGCACAGCACGCGUGGUGCUCCAGUUUGUGCUCCUCGCGUUGUUGGUGACGUUGAUGUUGUACCACCUCCUGGGAGAGUACCAGAAAACCAUCGUUCUUCCACGGAAAUUCUUGUCGUCCACCAAUAAGGGCUUGCGACAGCUCAACGUGCGGCUCGUCAAGAUCAAGACUCCCUGGAGCGACUCCAUCAUCGAUGUGAUCCGUGAGUUACUGCUCUUCACGGCUACCAUGUGUCUCAAUUGCUUGCACAAAGCGUAUCCGUCCACUGUCAAAAAUAGACACUCGAGAUUGGAAGUGUUCUUGGUGUCGUGCCAGCUGCAGUGCCAGCCUCGGAUCGGUGUCACGGACGUCAAGUUGGUGUUGAACGCCAGGCUGUUCAACACCGACGUGCGUGAGGGCUGGGAGCUCUACAGAAGCGAGUUCUGGAUCCACGAAGGUGUGAGACGAAGAAACCACAUGUUGGCCUUUUUGCAGGAGGAACAGGUCUUGGACAGGGGGAAGUUGCUCAAACGUGAUAAGAAGGAGCGCAGAGACCGUCGCAAGUCUGUGGCUGCGGUGGAGCCGCAGAACCCCGAGGAUGGUGCCAGCAGAGAGUCUUCGCCCGACCAGUUUCCCGUGGUGAAUUCUCCUGUGAGCAACAAGUUGAGCGAGCAGAAUCUCCAGAAGCUCAGUAGUGAGUACGAGAAGAGUUUUAGUGAUUGA